AUGUUCACGGCGACUUCAAGGGCGUACCGGUUCCUUAGGGCUCUCCAGCUGAGGAAGUACAGCUCGCCAUGCGCGGGAUCAAGGGCGCCUUCCAAUGUCCCUCCCCCAAGAAAUACCUCUUCCUACACUGAGCUCCCGCGAGUCCAGCUUCUCCGAUAUGCGUUGACGGGAUCAGUGGAGGUUCCUGGAAACGUAACCUGCGGCGCGAUUAUUAAUGCCGAACUAGCAAAGCAGUUUUCAAGCCAUCGUCUACCCUGGACCACCAGUCCCGCGGAGCAUCCUGUGAACUUCACGCUACACCCUAGUGGUGGAAGAGACGUGCUCUCUGGGAUACAAGAUGAAAUUCAGACCAAAGUCAAAGAUCGAGACUCAGCAAAUGAGCUGGUAUACUCCCUCGCUUUGUUAGACAAAGCUUUUUCGCUGUGCGAAGGUGGAGCGCAAUGGGAGGAUCUCCUAGCAACAAUCAACGGGACAUUGGCAAGGCUGCGAAAACUGGGAGCUACAGAUACGAAGGGGCUGCUUCUUUUAGGGAUAAUAUAUGCCUCUCGAUGCUUUUCCGUUCCCGCGUUACGAUGUUAUUUGCAACAAUACUCUGCCAAUGGAUAUGGCUAUUUAACUCCUGAGAUGGCAGCCAAGGUAAUAAGGCAUCUUAAUCAAGCCUUAGAAACGGGAGAUUUUGAUGUUCGGAUGGAUGGAGCUUACAUGCGCUCAAUCAUCGUGGGAAAUACCGAUAGUGAUGACCGCCCUGGUACUCUUGAUUCGCUUCUCGAUAUAUCGCGGCCAUCAGAUAACUCUUUCCUUGGCUUGUAUGCCGAAUUAUUGGGAAAAUUAGGCUGUUAUCAGAGGCUGAAAGAGCUAUGGUCAAUCAUACGGGUAGAAAUUGGCCGCGGUCAUACAGCAAAGCCGCUCAUUGAUACCGUCACAUCCUGCUUGCAAGGUAUGAUUGAGACUGGUAACCCAGAAGCAGCAAUAGCAGCUGCCCAGGAUAUUUCUUCUUGCGUGGAUUUGAAUGCACUACUUCCUCCUCGACUUUGGGUUCUGUUAGCCCGUGAUGAUAGCAACGGGAUAAUCCGCACUCUUGCCACUGAAAAAACAACACAAUCGAUCCUUACAACAGAGCUGUCUUCUGUCGAAUUGAUGCUUGGGCUACAGUGGGUGGGAGGUGACAUUGGAAACCACAUUGUUUCCCGAGAUACACCAAUUUGGUGUAAUAGCGGCAAUCCAGAGGAGGCCUUUGAAUCACUCGGCACUAUUAAUACAACCCCUAGUGCACAAUACUUGGUAGAUACCUUUAGGUUUCUCACCUCGACCAAAUCUGCAGCAAAUCUGUCCAUGAUGGCAGAUAUAUUGCACGAAUACGAUGGUGUCGAGAUGUCACUAUGCACAACGCGGGAUGAUAACCUUGGCCAGAUCGAACUGACGUGGAUCAUCCAGUGUUCGCCUGUUGAAGUAUUGCAAAAUACUAUGCCCGCUGUGGCAUAUGAUAAUGUUUCUCUUAAUUGUUCAUCUCUAGGCUUGCUGAGGGUCCGCCAGGACUGCAAUGGUGCUCCUCAAAAACUUAGCCCCCACCUCUACUUGAUGCAGCUUGGAUAUGUCGCUGCACGAAACAAGACUUUGGAUGAACGAAAUAAAUCAACACCAACGGGACACUUAGUAUGUUGGGAUCGUCAGAAAGGCGAGCUUAUCCUUUUGUGGGUUGGGGAAUCCUGUGGCGUCGUGGGAGCAGGGCCACGACAGUCUCAACCCCCACCGUAUUUUCAGUAUUCCUGCGUGAAGGCAGGAAAAUUGACAGAGCAGCAACAGCGCUCUGAAUUCGAUAUACAGGGACUCGAGCUCAUUGAGAUCUUCAAAGAUGAACGAAACGUUUGGAUUGAUAUUGAUCCAGCAUAUGAUUUGCGAACCUAA